AUGGCCCCUCCCGGUCCCGGCCAACUGCUCCCCUUGACCCGCUCGCUCCUGCCUCCCUCCGCUCCCCCCUUCCUCUCCGGCCGCCGUCGCCUGCCUCCUCCCGCCCGCGCUCAAACCUCGCGUCCGCCUCCAUGGCAGCCCCACAGCCUCCUGUGUCCCGCUCCCCUCCAGCCGCUCCGCCCUCUCGCCAGGAACAGGACCCGCCCCGUUGCUGCGCCUCCUGGGGCCUCCGCCGCCGGCGGAGGCGAGGCGCAGGCCCUGGCGGCGGAGUUCAUGACGUCUGAGAGGGUGAAGGUGGCGGCGAUGCUGGGGCUGGCCCUCGCGCUCUGCAACGCCGACCGCGUCGUCAUGUCCGUGGCCAUCGUCCCGCUCUCCCAGGCGUACGGGUGGACCCCUUCCUUCGCCGGCGUCGUGCAGUCAUCCUUCCUUUGGGGGUAUCUGAUAUCACCUAUAAUCGGUGGAGCGCUUGUUGACUACUAUGGCGGGAAGCGAGUCAUGGCAUAUGGUGUGGCUUUAUGGUCCUUCGCUACAUUCCUUUCCCCUUGGGCAGCUGCACGCUCACUGUGGUUGUUCAUCUCAACGAGAAUUCUGCUCGGUGUUGCAGAAGGAGUGGCAUUGCCAUGUAUGAACAAUAUGGUGCUGAGGUGGUUUCCUCGUACUGAACGAUCUAGUGCUGUGGGGAUCGCUAUGGCUGGCUUUCAGCUUGGAAAUACCAUCGGCUUACUUCUUUCCCCUAUUAUCAUGUCACGAACUGGAACAUUUGGACCCUUUGUGAUUUUUGGUUUGUUUGGAUUUCUGUGGGUGCUGGUGUGGAUAUCUGCUAUAACGGGAACUCCUGGUGAACAUCCUCAAAUAUCAGCAUAUGAACUAGAGUAUAUAACAAAGGGUCAGAAAUUGGUGAAACCUCAAGUUCAAGGUGAAAAACUAAAAAAGAUCCCUCCGUUUAGAAACCUACUUUCUAAAUGGCCGACCUGGGCUUUAAUUUCUGCAAAUGCUAUGCAUAGCUGGGGCUAUUUCGUCAUCCUUUCAUGGAUGCCAGUGUAUUUCAAAACCAUAUUUCAUGUCAAUCUGAGAGAAGCUGCAUGGUUUAGUGCAAUUCCCUGGGUCAUGAUGGCAGUUUUAGGUUAUGUGGCUGGUGUUGUAUCAGACACACUUAUCCGAAAUGGCACAAGCAUUACUUUAACUCGGAAGAUAAUGCAGACAAUUGGCUUUGUGGGUCCUGGUAUUGCUCUUAUUGGUUUAAAUGCAGCAAAGAGUCCAGCCAUUGCUUCAGCUUGGCUAACUAUUGCUGUUGGUUUGAAGUCCUUUGGUCACUCAGGAUUCCUUGUAAAUUUUCAGGAGAUCGCCCCACAAUAUGCUGGAGUGCUACAUGGAAUGGCAAAUACGUCCGGAACAUUUGCUGCCAUUUUAGGAACUAUUGGAGCAGGAUUCUUUGUUGAUCGGAUGGGUUCUUUCCGUGGAUUUUUAACAUUAACAUCACUUCUAUAUUUCAGCAGUGCCCUGUUCUGGGAUAUCUUUGCUACUGGAGAGCGUGUUGAUUUUGAUGGCACUAGCUAG